ACUUACGAGAUCACGAUAUGGGUUUUAGAAACUUUGUCGAUUGAGGCACAAAUUUUGUUGGAUUGGAAUUUAAAUUUCGAGUGCGUUGGGUUAAGUGAUGAUGAAGAAUUAAUAGGAAUAUCUGCUGGCAGUUCUGAAUUACACGUAACGUAUCUGUACAUUUUUUCUACAACAACCGGAAUGAAUUUCUCAAAAUAUACUUAUAGAGAAUCAGUAAUGAUCGAUGGAAUCCAUUUUAUUGCCUCUGAGUUUGGUGAACGUAUACUUAUCACAUUUCAUGCGUUUGAUAGCUUAGAAAGGAUUAAAAUGGAUCUUAAUGUUUAUAGAUUUCAUGAUGAAAAAUUGAUCUUCGAUUAUGAUUUAAUGGAUCCCUAUAAUUUAAUUAAUCCUAUCA